AUGGACAUCACACUACCGCAGUCACCACGAGAGAGGGGCCGGUUCCAGGCGAACCCGGGGCAGAGAUGCACCCAGAAGCCGGCCCACGUUUUCAGGUACCCGAUGCUCAGCAUUCCUUCCCCUCCCCACCAUCAAAACCUGAUUGACAGGAAGCCCUUGUGCCAGAUGUUUGCAGGCUGGUGUGCAGAUCUCACCGGGGAGCGCUCGCUGCUGGCGCGGCGGGAAUUCUCUGUGUCUCCGGUUUUUUCCCCCCUUCUUUGCAGCUUGUUAAAAUUCAGUCUUAUUCUAGUUCUGUCGAUUUCUACAAUGCAUGUGUUCUGGGGUUAUCCGUUUCCACCUUCUAAGGUGUCUGGAAAACCUGAUUCCUUUCUCUUCCUGCCGAACAGCUGCCCAACCAGGAUGGAGAGGAGCGAGGGACUAGAUUUUCUAAAGCCGGUUUUGGAGAAGACGUUUAUGAAAAGGUCCUUUCGCAAUGGGGUUGGCAUGGGGAUGAAAAAAACUUCCCUUCCAAGAGCAAAAUCAUGAAUAAGUGUGCAAAGAACUCUGGGAAUUAAUUUUGAACGUUGUAGAGUGUGUCUCCUGUGCUGAAAGUCAGGUAUAUCUUCAUCAUUAAUAUCUGUGCGCUCUCUGUUCUUAAGUACCUUUUCUCUCUUAGCUGGUGUAAUGGAGUUUUAAAAAAUGUAAGCCUGACUGAAACUUCUACUCUAAGAGAAUAAACUGCUGAUGUGAUCAGUUAGUAACUUUCCUGGGUAGGGAUGGACACAUUUGCUAGGAUCUUAAAUUGGCCAGAAAGUAUGAGCAUUUUUACUGGAAUGACAAUAGAGUGACUUUUUGUCCUGUCUGUAGUACUGUACUAUCAUAAUGCUGAUAGUUUUUCUUUUAAAUACAGUU